AUGGCUUCUGUUCUUGCUAUCGGAGGCGGCGCUGCCGUCGCAGCUUUCUUGGGCCGAGCUGGUCUGGUCGCAUGGCGCCGAUCACGCGGCGGCGUCGGCGCGAUGGGCAAGGCUUUCUACAAGGGCGGCUUCGAGCCCAAGAUGAACAAGAAGGAGGCUUGCCUCAUUCUCUCCCUCCAGGAGAGCGGCGUCACUCGUGACAAGAUCCGCAAGCAGCACCGCACCCUGAUGCUCCUGAACCACCCCGAUCGCGGCGGUAGCCCGUACCUCGCAACCAAGGUCAACGAGGCCAAGGAACUGCUCGAGAAGACGACGUCUUGA